AUGAUGAGGUCUCUGGGUCUCUCGAGACGACUCCUAUGUCGCAGCGUCCAUCACGGCGCGUCUCCAAUCGCUCCUGCGUUUCUCAACCUGGCCCGUCAUCGUCGAGCGUUUCAUGGAUCAUCAGCUUUCUGGGGGAUUCGGUCGCAGGUUUUGAAGGAUGUUGGAGAGGGCAUCACGGAAGUCCAGAUCAUACAGUGGUAUGUGGAAGAGGGUGCGCAUGUGGAAGAGUGGAAACCACUUUGUCAGUAUCAGUCUGACAAGGCUGUUGAUGAUAUUACAUCGAGAUAUGCCGGGGUAAUCAAGAAGCUCCACUUUCAGACAGACGAUACGGUGCCAACAGGACGAGCGCUCUGCGAUAUCGAAGUCGACGAUGCGCUUUAUCCAGAUGAUAACGUUCCCACACAAGCAGUUCAGGCAGAAUCCGCACCAGAGAUUGCAGAGUCAGCUGCAAUCGGCGAGACCACUCAGACUACCGAAGCUCAAAUUGAUGUGGCGCCUGAACAAGAGAAAAAGUCACAGUCAAAACAUGCCUCUUUCGCGACACCAGCUGUGCGCGGCAUGCUUAAAACACACAAUCUCAACAUUCUCGACAUAACAGGCACCGGCAAGGAUGGUCGAGUUCUGAAAGAGGACGUCUUGAAAUUCGUCUCGCAGAGAGAUCAGCCUAAAUCAAAUGGCGCAGCAUCAUCUACAGAUUUCAGCAGUACACCCACCAGCGGAUUGCGAGCUACUGCAUCCAAUGAUUCACAACAAGUUGAAUCCACACAAUCACUAACCCACAUCCAAUCCCAAAUGUUCAAGACCAUGACCAAGUCCUUGACCAUCCCCCAUCUCCUCUACGCCGACGAACUGAACAUUAACACCAUGACCGCAUUACGUCGCAAACUUGCCAGCAACCCAAACAACACCCAAAAGGUUACAUCACUAGCUUUCAUUAUCAAAGCGGUCUCUCUAGCCCUUGAGGAAUAUCCCAUUCUCAAUGCCAAAGUCGACGCAUCGGACCCCUCGUCACCGAAACUUAUUAUGCGCGCCAACCACAACAUCGGUAUUGGCAUGGAUACCCCACAGGGUCUCAUAGUACCCAACAUCAAAAACGUCGGCGCCAAAUCCAUCUUUGAGAUCGCCGCUGAAAUCUCCCGUCUAAGUGCGCUCGGUAAAGAAGGGAAACUCAAGCCUGCUGAUAUCACUGGAGGCACAAUCACUGUGUCUAACAUCGGUAACAUUGGCGGUACAUACCUUGCACCCGUGAUUGUGCCGACGGAGGUUGCAAUCCUGGGUGUUGGUCGGUCGAGAGUUCUGCCCGUGUUUGAUGAGAAUGGUCAAGUGACGAAGGGGGAGAUGGUGAAUUUCAGUUGGAGUGCGGAUCACAGGGUGAUUGAUGGUGCUACGAUGGCGAGAAUGGCGAGUAAAGUCAAAGAAUUUGUGGAGGAGCCUGACAGAAUGUUGAUACGAUUACGAUGA